AUGGCGUCGAGCUUCUUAUUCCUGUUCUUUGUGUCGGGUUUUGCGUCUAGAGCCCCCAAGACCAGCAUGCUCAGUUUCAUAAACAUGCAUCAAAUAUUAUGGAUCCUCCAGUUUACUCAUGGCUAUCAGAUUGAUCUCGUACCCGCUGAUAUCAGCACAAAACCCGACUUCUACGGCUAUGAUCCGGCCGAGGCGUACGAGUACCGUCCUUCUAACACGAUGCCGCUGGUGUCAAUUUUUGGGUUCCCGUCCUACAGAACUCUGACAUAUUCUACUGACUUCCUGUCUCUGUCGGCUUUUAACUGGUCUCAAGGAACUGGGGUCAAGAAUAACGUUUGA